AUGAAAAAUGCCUUCCGAUAUUGUCGCGUCUUUGUAGUUUUCUCUUAAGUAUCAACUAAUAUUGACAUUAAAGCUGGCAGUUUGAUAAGCCAUUUCCCUCUUUCUAUAUAAACUUUCAGCGAGACUAUAAAAGGCCCGCGCGUCAGUCGGUUGAGAAUCAGUAUCAAUUUCUCGAGAGCUCAACAAUGAGAAUUCUACUAUUGAGUGCAAUUGUGGUGGCGUUUGUGAGCUUUUCUGGGGCACAACAGAAAAUCGUGUGCUAUCACGGCACUUGGUCGUACUAUCGCCAGGGAAAUGGGAAGUUCGGUGUGGCGCAAAUCGAUCCCUUUCUCUGCACGCACUUGGUGUACGCCUUCUUCGGGAUUGCUCCUGAGGGCGCCAUUCGGAUCCUCGAUCCCUGGCUGGACCUCGAAGACAACUACGGCCUGGGGAACAUAAAGAAGUUCAACGAGCUGAAGAAACUUAAUCCCAAGCUGAAGACAAUCGCCGCUGUUGGCGGAUGGAAUGAAGGAAGCACGACGUUUUCCCAAGUGGCCAACAGUGAGGCCAAAAGGAAGAGGUUCGCGAAAAGCGCCGUGGAGUUCCUGGAGAAGUUCCACUUUGACGGACUGGACAUGGAUUGGGAGUAUCCAGGACAGCGCGGAGGCAAUCCAUCGACUGAUAAGAAGGCCUUCACGUUGUUUUUAAAAGAUCUCUCUGAAGCACUGCACGCCAAGGGGUUCAUUUUAUCUGCUGCAACAGCGUCGGCGGAGUUUUCAGCCGAAAUCUCUUAUGACAUUGCGGAAGUUGGGAAGUAUUUAGACUACAUUGGGAUUAUGACAUAUGAUCUUCAUGGUUCCUGGGACCAGAAGAUCGGAAACAAUGCUCCACUCUAUGCAGGAUCGUGGGAUGAGACCGCGCGGGAGAGGCAACUUAAUGUGGACGCAGCCAUCAGUUAUUGGCUACAGAGUGGCGCUCCUCGUGAGAAGAUUCUGCUCGGAGUGCCUUCUUAUGGUCGUGGAUUUCGCAUGAUCAACGGCCAGAGUGCUCCGGGAUCUCCUCAUGCUGGCCCUUCUGAUCCUGGGCCGCACACGAGGACGCCCGGAAUGCUGGGCUUCAAUGAGCUGUGCGAGACUCGGCAGAGCCAAAAGUGGGAAGAUCACUGGGAUGAGCAGCAAUUCGUGCCGUACGUGACGAAGGGAAGCCAGUGGAUUGGCUACGAUGACGAGAAGAGUUUGAGAUUCAAGGCGAAUUACGUGCAGAGUCACAAUCUUGGCGGCAUGAUGAUGUGGUCCAUCGAGACUGACGACUUCAAGGGAUUUUGCGGCAGAGGAGCCUUUCCGCUACUCAAGGAGAUCAACUCCGCUCUCUUGGGAACGAAUGUGAGUAUCCCGAAAGGCAUUCAGACUGACACCCAGAAUGACACAGAAGACUUCAAGAUGCUCUUCCUCGCCGAGAGGCAGAAGAACACUAUGCUGAAAAAGUUCAUUCAUGAUUUCUUCCUCAAGAUUAUUCAGCCAAAGUAUCAGAAAUUUGUUGAAUUUAAUCUGCUGAAGCAGAAGUUUUUCUCUGAGAGUUUCAGUGAAUUGUACGGAGAGUAUGUGAAAAUGCUUUCCGACGCGUACAACAGUGAGAAUGAAUUGUAAGCCAUACCGAAUCUCAAUAAAGAGUUCAUUCAACUCUUGCGAUUAAAAACACUAGUGUGAUAAAGCUUACCAAAAACCGCAGGAAAGUUAAGUGAAGUGGUAUUUUUUAAAUUGCGAAAUAACCGCUUUUGCUAAUUGCAUGCAACUUGC